AUGUUGUUCACCACUACUACCGUAAUGGAAAAUACACUGAGAAGCCACUACCAAGCGAGGUUUCCAUUGUUUCAACUACCACGCGAACUACGAGAGAAGAUUUAUGUUAGUCACAUGGAAGACGAACAAGCUCUACGAUACCUUGGAGCUAUGUCACCUGGAACCAUGAGACUUGAGAUACCAACACUAUUCCACGUGAGCAGUAAGGUCAGGCGAGAAGCCAUCCCUGUGUUUUUCCAGCAAUGCCACUUUGCGGUGUACGUCAAUUCGAACGUCGAAGAUGUUUUCUGGGCCUGGAAAAUGAAAUCAAGAGACUACGGAAAUUCCGAUAUGUUGUUAUGGAAAUGGCUCGUCAAUUCGUUUUACCAUGAAUUGACAGGAAGCGCCAUCGCACAGUCAGGCAUCCCACAUGUCGCACCAGAUCUUGUCUUAUGGCUUGGUUCACAGGAUAUUCAACCACACGCCUUCAUCAGAAACAUCAAGAUCGAUUUUUGGCCAUGCCUCACGAAUAAUGCGCGCUCUUACGGAUGGUCUGCCAUAUGUACAUGUGGCCAUCGCGUCACGUUCAAGCACUCGAAUGUUUAUGGCAUCAUCGGCGAGCCUGUACUUGAAGAAGACUUCACGGCUACACGCAAACUCGUGGAGGAUGUGGCCACGGAGAUUGUACAGCGGGAUAAUUUCAAGGGCUUCACUAUCCAGGAUGUUACGGAACUGGCGAAGCCGUAUCAUCGAGGCUUAUAG